AUGCGCGGCGGUGGACAAUGCCUAAUUCGCAUUUUCUCGCCACGUCGUCUUAUCAUUUUUGCGCUUUUCUCCACUUGUAUUUAUGUUUUAUUGUUGAGAAGUACACAGGACAAUGAACAAAGGUAAAUUUUAUUGAUUGAUUUUUUUUCAAAACAAAAUUUGUCUUGCAGAAUUUCUGCGACUUCUGCGCAAAUCAAUCGAAAUAUCAAUAUUGAAGAAAAAAUCCAGAUAAAAGAUUCUGCGGAGCUUGAAUUAGCCCGUCAAACCUUAACCGUGCUCAAUAUCGAAGAAUCCACAACAAAACCACGUUCCAAAAUGAUCCCUGAAGACGAUGGAAGUUGCCCGAGCAUCGAGAAAAUCCCCGAUCUCCAGGGCGCCCUUCCACAGGCCGUUUUACUCAUACAAAAUCUACAAGAAGGUGAAGUGCAUGCGGUGCAUCCGGAGAUUGGUCCCGGUGGAACUUGGAAACCGAAAGAUUGUAAGGCGAGGGAUAAGAUUGCGAUUAUUAUACCGUAUCGGGAUCGACAAUCGCAUUUGACAAGGCUUAUUGAUUUUUUGAUUCCGAUUUUGCAGCGGCAGAGAUUGGAUUUCAGGUUUAUUGUCACAGAGCAGGUAGGCAUGUCUGAAAUUCAUUGAAAAUUCGAAUUGUAGUAGUUUUCGACCCGCUGAUCACGAUUCCGCCGUCUAAAAUUGCAGAACUCAACAUGAGUUAUGACGUGGCAAGGAGAUUUUGGGAGGUGAAACCUGAAAAAAUGAUUUCCCCAUGCAAAUCGAAUAGCAUAGGGAGUAGAUUUGCAUGGGAAAAUCAUUUUUGAGGCCUUUUUCAGAAGGUUUCACCUCCCAAAAUCCCUUUGCCACGUCAUAACUCAUGUUAGGAGUUGAAUUCUGCAAUUUCAGAUAAUGGAAUUGUGAUCAGCAUGUUUCUGUACAGUUUUUCACGCUGAGAAAAAUCCAGUUUUCAGUUUUUGCUCAGCGACUCUCUAAAGAGCCCAAAAAUGAGCCAAAAGUUGAAAAUUUUCUGGAAAUCGCGUUUUUUCACAAGUUUUUGGUUAGUAAAUCCAUAUUUUUUCAGAUAGGCUCAAAAUUAAUGAUUUUGAAAAUUUUGAAAAUUUACAGAAUUCUUGAAACGUAAUUUUUUCUAGCCCAAAAUUUUCUGCUGAAAAUCAUGGAAAUAUUUAUUUUCAGCAAUUUUCAUUGAUUUCAGCGCAAAUAUUUAGGCUCAAAAGCAAUACUAUCAAAUUCCUAAUGAUCUUGGAAAAUAUACAGAAUUCUUGAAACGUAAUUUUUUCCAGAUCAAAAUUUUGUACUGAAAAUCAUGGAAAUAUUUAUUUUCAGCGAAAAUUUUUAGGAUUUCACAUUUGAAAAUUUUUGAGUUUGGUAAAUUGAUCCUCCUGAAUAAUUUGAUGCAUUCAGUUUUCCAUAUAACAUGAGUUAUGGGUUCUCACAAAUGCGAUUUUCAGAAAAUUUUCAAUUUUUGAACUCUUCAGAGAGUCGCGCAGCAAAGACUGAAAAUUGGAUCUUUGUGAAAAACUGUACAGAAACAUCGAAAAAGGUGCUGAAAUUUUGACUGAAAAUCGAAUUUUCAGUCAAAAUGUAGCUUCCUUUGUGUUGUGUUUCAAUUGAAAAAAUUUCCAAAAAAAAUCAAUAAACCCAAUAUUUUUUUGCAGUACGGAAAUGAUUUGUUUAACAAAGGUCGAAUAAUGAAUGCGGCAUUCCUCUUCGCUGAAUCACUCGGUGUCGAUUGUGUCGUAUUCCACGACGUCGACAUGUUCCCCCAAAAUGACAAAAAUCCCUACUCAUGCCCUCCCGGCCCCAGACAUCUCGGCGCCUUUGUCAGCAAUCUAGGCUAUCAAUUAUGGUACAAAGAAAUCGUUGGAGGUGUUUUAGCCGUCUCUAUCGCUGAUUACAAGGCUGUUAAUGGAUAUUCGAAUCAAUUUUGGGCUUGGGGCGGAGAAGAUGAUGAUAUGGGUUCGAGGAUUUUGUCGAUGAAUUAUACGAUUGAAAGGCCCAAUCCGGAAACUGCACGAUAUUCGAUGUUGAAACAUGUGAAGAGGAAAAGAACGGCGCCGAAGUUGAUGUGAGUUUUUUCGUGUUUUUCUCUGGGCUCUCUUAAAGAGAGGGGGUGUGAUUCAUAAAAAACACAUGUAAAAAUAAUUUUUUUUUAGAAAAAAUUGAUCCAAGAAAUGUUUUUUUUUCCAAUAAAAUUGAAAUAAUUGUGACGAAAAAUUUGAAAAAAACUUUCCGAAUCAAAAGUUUCUGUGAAAAAAAUUUAGAUUCCUAUUAUUUUCAGAAAAUUAUCUAGAAACCUGUUCUCUAUGCUUCAUUUCGGCCAAAAUUCGAAUUUUUCAAAAACAAAAAAAAUACGUUACAAAAUUUUUUUAUCAAAUUUUUUUUUCAAUAUUCUCUUCAACAUUCUUAUUGAGAAUAAAUAAACACCAAAAUUGCGAAAUUUGGAUGAAAAUUCUGAAAUUAUCGAUUUUUGGAUUAAAAAUCGUGGAAAAUUCAAGCACUAGGCUCGGCUGCUUGACAUAGAAGUUCUCAAGGCGCGGCUCCUAUGUGAUCAGAUUCUCUAGGCUCCGCUCCUUGAUAACUAAGAUUUCUAGGCUCGGCUACUUGACAUAGAAGCUCUCAAGGCGCGGCUCCUAUUCAGACUGGUUCUCAAGGCGUGGCUCCUAUACAGAGUUGUUCUCAAGGUGUGGCUUCUAGACGAUUAGAUUCUCUAGGCUCGGCAGCUUGACGUAGAGGCUAUCUAUCUAUGCUCCGCUCCUAGACGAUCAGAUUCUCUAGGCUCCGCUCCUUGAUAACUAGGAUUUCUAGACUCCGCUCCUUGCCUUGCCAGACGGGUUCUCUAGCCGCGGUCCCUAGACAAUCAUGUUAUCUAGCGUCCGCUGCUUCAUAACUAGGCUUUCUAGCCUCGGCUGCUUGAUUUUAGAGGCUCUCAAGGCGCGGCUCCUAGACGAUAAAUAUUCUCUAGGCUCCGCUGCUUGACACCUAGGCUUUCUAUGCUCGACAGCUUGACAUAGGAGCUCUUAAGGCGCGGUUCCUAGACGACAAGGUUCUGUAGGCUCAGCUCCUUGACACCUAGGCUUUCUAGGCUCGGCUACUUGCCAGGAACCCAAAUAUUCCCAUUUUUCCAGCUAUGAAUUACUUGCCAACAGUGCAAAACGGGUUUCUUAUGACGGGUUAAACGAAACCGACAAAUGGACAGUUCGAAAGGUAUGUCUCCAGAUUUUCAGCUCGAAAAAUUCCAAAUUUUUCAGAUCACAACUCGCCCGCUCUACUAUCAUUUAUACGUGGAUGUUGGAGCAGUUCCAGAUGAAUGGCGAGCAAAAUCCUAA